AUGUAUGAAGACAUUCAAGCUCUCAUGAUUGAUCUCGGAUCCGAUUCAUGCAAGGCCGGUUUUGCUGGUGAUGAUACUCCCCGAAGUGUUUUCCCAUCAUUGAUUGGUACACCAAAACACAAAAUAGAUCAUUAUCCGUUAGACGCCUAUAUUGGUCAUCAAGCUCUUUCAAAGAGAGGUCUUUUGAAUAUAGAUCAUUGCAUUCAACGUGGUAGGAUUAUCAAUUUCAAUGAUUUGGAAAAACUCUUGAAUCACGUGUUUUAUAAUGAAUUACGAGUUUCUCCUCAAGAAUAUCCAAUCAUGUUUUCGGAAAAUUCAUUUCAAUCCAGUCAAAAUAGAGAAAAGUUGACUCGAUUGAUGUUUGAAACUUUUUCAGUUCCAGCUCUGUAUAUUUCUCUUCAAGGCGUCUUGUCAUUGUAUGCUUCUGGACGUAAUACUGGUAUUGUUGUAGAUUGUGGGGAUGGUGUUUCACAGGUGGUUCCAAUUUCUGAAGGUUAUGCGUUGCCACAUGCAAUUUUGAAAUUGGACUUGGCUGGAAGUGAUUUGACGGAUUAUUUGACAAGGAUUCUCAUGAAACAAGGAACUAGUUGUUGUUGCAAUUCAAACAUUGUUGUUGAGAGGGAAAUUGUUAGAGACAUCAAGGAAACACAAUGUCAUGUUGCUUUGGAUUAUGACCAUUUGGUAAUUCAUACGUCUUCUUCAAAUUUAACAGACAAGCCAUAUGAAUUACCAGAUGGAAAAGUGAUUAGUAUUGGCGAUGAAAGGUUUGAAUGUCCAGAAAUUUUAUUCCAACCAAAUUUAAUUCAACAUGUGGAGGGUGAUGGUAUUCAUGAAAUGACUUUUAACUCGAUCGAAAAGUGUGAAAUUCGAAUUCGAAAAGAAUUGUAUGGAAAUGUUGUCUUGUCAGGCGGUUCUACUUUGUUCCAAGGUUUUCCAGAGAGAAUGUUUAAGGAAUUGGCGCACAAAGCUCCUGAUUUAACCAAGGUUAAGAUUGUUGCAGCACCAGAAAGAAAAUACCUUGUUUGGAUUGGUGGUUCUAUUAUGGCUUCAUUGUCCACCUUUCAACAAAUGUGGAUCACUAAGGAAGAAUAUGAAGAGACAGGUCCGAAUAUUGUCCAGCGAAGAUGUAUCAUGCACCAAUGA